AUGCCGCCACGUAUCCCCCCAUCAGCCGUCGGCCUGGCCCGCUCCUCGGCCAGGUCAUCUGCGGUCCGGUCAAGGACACAGCGGCAUCAUCAUCAGCCGCAGCUCAGUCGGCAGUCGACGUGGGCCGCCGCUGUCGACCAGGCAAAGAACCUCGUCCAGGACCAGAUCCGACACAUGCCCGGCUCAUCCUCGUCAUCCUCAGCAUCGAGCGCAUCGUCUUCAGGCUCGCCGUUGUUUGGAUCGCCCUCGGGCCCAACCUCCGGCCAGAUCAUCACCGACCCGAUAUCGCUCGUCUCGUCUGAGCUCUCAUCGCUUCGCUCCAAUGUCUCGUCCCUCCUCGGCUCUGGCCACCCGUCGCUCGACACAAUAGCAAAGUACUACUUCCAGGCCGAGGGCAAGCAUGUUCGCCCGCUCAUCGUGCUGCUGAUGAGCAAGGCCACCAACGGCAUCUCGCCCCUCUGGCCCGAGCUCGUGGCGCACGCCGAGCGCACCCGGCCCAAGGACGACGCUGGCAAGGCCAUCGAGCGCGACAUGGGCAUCAACGAGCCCCUCAGCCCCGACGCUGUGCUCAACGACUUCAAUCCGCACAUGGAGAGCAUCGAGGGCUCCUUGAAGCCUGGCUUCUCGUCCUCUGGCGCCAUGUCGGCCGCUGACGCUACCGCGCUUGGGGCAUCCGCCGACUUCAGCGGCAUUCUCCCGACGCAGAGGAGGCUGGCCGAGAUCACCGAGAUGAUCCACGUCGCCUCGCUGCUCCACGACGACGUCAUCGACGCCUCCCCGCUGCGUCGCGGUGCGCCAUCGGCGCCCUCGGCGUUCGGUAACAAGCUCAGCAUCCUUGGCGGCGACUUCCUGCUCGGGCGGGCCUCGGUGGCGCUAGCGCGGUUGAGGGACAAUGAAGUGGUGGAGCUGCUUGCCACAGUCAUCGCCAACCUGGUCGAAGGCGAGGUGAUGCAGCUCAAGAGCCAGGCGGCCAGCGAAGGGCAAGAGGCGCAUGCAAAGAGCGACCACGCCUCGUUCUGGGAGUCCGAGGGCCUCUCGGCGCACAACCAGGGCCUGGACAAGGCUCAGGCGGUCGGUCCGUCCGAAAUGCCCAAGCUGGGGCCGACGCCCGCCCACUUCAGCCUCUACCUCCAGAAGACCUAUCUCAAGACGGCCGCACUGAUUGGCAAGUCGACGCGCGCAUCGACCAUCUUGGGUGGAUGUGGCGCAGAGGCCAUUGCUCGGGCAGGUCUGGGCGGCGACGUGGCGGAGAGGAUGAGGCAGGUUCGGGAUGCCGCCUACGGGUAUGGUCGCAACCUCGGCAUCGCAUUCCAGCUGGUGGAUGACCUUCUCGAUUUCGAGGCCACCUCGGCCGCAUUCGGAAAGCCAUCGGGCGGUGCCGAUUUGAGGCUCGGAUUGGCGACGGCACCCGUGCUGUACACGUGGCAGGAGAUGCCCAACGAGGGCAUCGCAGAGAUGGUGGCGAGACGGUUCGAGGGUGAAGGCGACGUCGAGAAGAUGCUCAAUCUCGUCUCAAAGUCUCGCGGCCUGGAGCGGACCGCUGCCCUGGCAAAGGACCACGCACGGAGGGCAAGGGAAGCGCUUGAUGUGCUCCCGGACAGCGACGCCCGGCAGGCGCUGCUCAAGCUCAACGAUCAGGUCAUCAAGCGUGUCCGCUAG